AUGUCAGCUGUUUCGGCCGGACGCAGUGCAGCCCUAGAUUCCCCCGCUAUGGGCGAUGACAUCAGACAUGCCACACGGCAGGAACUAUACACAGACCUGACCAAACGCAUCAAGUAUCUACAUGCAUUCCUCAAUUUCACCAACGGCUCUCCUGACACCCCCAUGACAGAUGACAUUGAAAUUUUAAAUCGGGGCUCAAAGUAUUUGAAGGCCGCCAUCCCCACCCUAGCGCAUCGGCUCUACGAAAAGAUGCUUCAGUUCGACUUGACCGCGCGCGCAUUACGCACGAGAAGCACCUCAUCGGAAACCCAAAUCGAAGACUUGUUCACCAUCGACAGCCCGCAUGUGCAGCGAAGGAAGAUCUUUUGGAAGUGGUAUUUGACGCGACUCUGUUCCGAUCCGUCCGAACCGGGGUACUGGGAGUACCUGGACAAAGUCGGGAAGAUGCAUACCGGCAAGGUGUUAUUACACCCGCUAAAUAUCGAAUACAUGCACAUGAAUGUCUGUCUAGGAUACGUGCAGGACCUGUUCUUCGAGACCAUCUCCUGCCACCCGGAAAUGACGAUUCAAUUCCGGCUCUCUCUCAUCCGGUCGAUGAACAAGAUGCUCUGUAUCCAAAAUGAUCUGAUCUCGCGAUAUUAUAUUCGCGACGGGCAGGAGUUCACUGACGCAGGGGUGGUGCCCGGACCGCCCAAGGUGCUGAAGAAAACAGAAGAGACGGCAGAGGGGAGAGAGGAAGUAAAAGAGAGGGAUCAAGAGUCUAUCACAGCUUCGAUUGCGGAAUCAAUCCAAUCCGACCAACACUCCAUAAGCGAUAGCUUCAGUGUGCCCGGAAGCCGAGGGAAUACUGAGCUGAGACGAGUACGGAGUCCCUCGGAGACUACCUCCACCUUGUCGACGACUUCAUCGAUCGAAAGUGUCCAGCGCACGACCAUCAUCACCGCCGCUCCCGUCUCGCCCGGGGUAGUGUCACCGUUCUCAAAUCGCAUUCCAGCGCAGGCCUUUGAGACGAAGAUCUGGUCGGGGGGAAAGAAGCCCGAUUACAGGUUGAAAAGAGCCGGAUACUAA